AUACACUAAGUGAGAAGACUGGUCUUUGACAAUUACCAAUAGUGUCCACUGUCUUUAAGGAAACCCAGUAAAUACUCCAUCAGGAAAUUUCUAAAGACUGGGGUUAUCCACAAGGAAAUUUGUUUACAAAGUCCAUUGGAAACAUUUAAAUGAAGAGACAAAGGAAAAGAACGAAGGAAUGCUACAGAAGGAUGCAUUUUUUGAGAAUAAGUGCGUAGGUGUGUUUUCGACUCGGUUGUUAUAGCGCCCUCUUUUGAGAUAUUUCAAGGGCGCCACCAAUAGUUACAAUUGCUUCGCAUUACGGUUACUAGUAAAAACAUCAGCAUUCCUGUCAACAAUAACUUGGUUUUGUUCUCAAGUUCUUGUGCAAUUCUUCACCAUAUAAUGCUCGCGUAAAGUAAAGGAAACGGUAGUGCAACUUAAUGAGUAAAACUUGUUGUGAUCACUGGUGUUGAUCUACACUGUAUGUAGUAAGAAGCAACACAAAAGUCAUGACAGAAUAGAUCGAGUGAGACUGUGACGGUGAGUGUAGACUGUGUAUGUAGAGAGUUGCAGUGGAGCUCGAGCGUUAUUCGUUGCCAUUGAUGGAUGGUGAAGUUUCUGUGAUGAUGAUUUGAUAGAUCGUGAAUCUUUCCCAAAGUUUUAAUAAUGCAAUGAAUGAUGGAUCAGCAAGCCAGUCAGGACUCCACAACAAGGACAAGGGAGAAAACAGAUUUAUUAACAGGAACGUGUGUCACCAAGCAGAUAUUGAAAACAAGAAGUGGAGAAUUCGAUAUUGAAAGUAUCCACAGCCUACACCUGAGAGAAAUGGAUAUUGAUAACCUUGGUUGCAUUGGAGACUGCACAUACCUAGAACGUCUUGAUAUCAGCAGAAACGACCUUGUUAACCUUCGACCUUUGACCCCUCUCAAGCAGCUGUCCUAUUUGAAUAUCUCUGCUAAUCGCAUUACAGAUAUUGAUCCCUUGAAGGAACUCGUGAAUCUUCAAAAGCUCAAUGCCUCCGGGAAUCUCAUUGGAAGUAGCGACAGUCUCCAAUCCCUAUCAAGCUUAGACUCCUUCUCCAGUCUGAUCUUACAUGACGCAGUGACUGAUCUGAACAAUCCGAUAUGCCUCAAUGCAUCUUAUAAAGCCAACGUUAUGGCCAUCCUGCCAAGGUUAACGACCCUCGACGGGGAGAGAGUGACGGGAAAAGGCAGCGAGUUGUAUCAACUGUGUAAAAAACUGGAUGCCAUGUUGGAAGAUGAAGCUAAAGAGAGUCCACCUGCCAGAACAGCAGCUGAAGAAUCAUGGGUCUCUAAAGACUUCUGGCAACUGAAAGCACCAGGGAAGACCGAGGAGACAGGAUGGGAGGUGGAGAAACAGUUCCAAGAUAUCUUAAAAAGCUGCCGAGACUUGGAACUUGAUGCUUCCAGGAGUCUGACGAACGAACCAGAAAAAUCAACUAUUUGAAGUUAUGACUUCUCAGCAUUAAAAAGAGAAAAAUCAUUCCAGUUCGUCAGAUUUCAUUCCCACCACAAAACAGCUGAAACAGUUAGCCGCCUUUUCACAAAGAAGCAAAUCUGUGCCACAGCCAAAAAAUUCCUUGUUUAGAGAAAAUUGUUUGGUUUUUUUUAAGUGGGAAUGUGCAGAAUUUAGCAGACAAAAGUCAUUCCAGUUCUUUAGCUUUCAUUCCAACCAUCAACCACAAAAAACAUUUUUGCCACCGUUUUUACUAUGUGGCAAAUGUACUUAAAGGCAGUGGACACUAUUGGUAUAGACUAGCCUUCACAGUUGAUGUGUCUCAACAUAUGCAUAA